AUGCUCGGGGAGGAAUGCCACCACCACCACCACCAGCAGCAGCAGCAGCAGCAGCAGCAGCUAGCAGGGCCAGAAGUAGAAUCGAGUUAUGCAGCAGCAGCAGAUUCGAACACGGGUGUCGGAAAUCCUUCCAAGUCCUUCGUGCCUUGCAAGGUUUGCGGUGAUAAGGCCUCCGGUUAUCAUUAUGGAGUCACCUCUUGCGAGGGAUGCAAGGGGUUCUUUCGUCGAAGUAUCCAGAAACAGAUUGAAUACCGGUGCUUGAGGGACGGGAAAUGCCUGGUGAUACGUCUGAACCGCAACAGGUGUCAGUACUGCCGGUUCAAGAAGUGCCUCGCCGUUGGGAUGUCCAGAGACUCGGUGAGAUACGGACGAGUGCCCAAGAGAUCUCGCGAAAGAGGAGAGGAGGUGACGCCUGGAUUAGGAGCAGGUCCAAUGGUUGGAGGAGGACUUGGAAGUGGCGGAGGCGGGAGCGGUGGCGGGAGGGUCACUCAAAGCGAGGCUGAUCAAUCCACGGCUCCUGCUGAAGGCAGCGUGGACGGGAGACAGCUGGCCGUCUAUGACGUCAUUCUCACCAUCUCGCAAGCCCAUCAUGUCAACUGUGCCUAUACCGAUGAGAAAACCCGAGGACUUCUUCGGAAACCAGCCACCUUCGGUGUUCCGGAGGGAGGUGGAGGAUCUCCGGAGAGUCCUGAAGCAGCAUCGUCCACAGCCGAUACCUUGGAACAGCAGAAAAUUACCAUGUGGCAAACCUUCGCCCUCUACAUGACCCCCUCCAUACAGAGAGUCGUGGAAUUCGCCAAACGGGUACCAGGUUUCUGCGACUUGACGCAGGAUGAUCAGUUGAUCCUGAUCAAGGUGGGCUUCUUCGAGAUCUGGAUGACGUAUGUGGCACGAAUGACCAGCAGCGUGGACAAUACGUUGACAUUCGCUGAUGGAAGUUUCGUCACUCGGCAACAAAUGGACAUCAUCUUUGACCACGAGUUCACGACGGCUUUCUUCAACUAUUGCCUGUCGUUUUGCGCCCUCGGAUUGAAUGACACUGAGAUCGGUCUCUUUUCGGCCAUUGUUCUCCUCGCGGCGGAUCGGGGAGGGCUCACGGAUCACAAACUCAUCGAACAAAACCAAGACAAGAUCAUCGAGGCUCUUAAAAUCCAAGUAUCUCGUCACCACCCAGGCGAGACGCACUUGUUCUCGAGCAUCAUGAUGAAGUUGCCGGAGUUGAGGAACUUGGGCACGAAGCAUUUCGAGCAUCUCAACUGGUUCCGUGGUAACUGGCAUCGAGUCAAAGUCCCUCCUCUCUUCGCCGAGAUAUUCGAUGUACCCAAAUGCGAAGAGGACCUCACCCUUCAAUGA